ACUACAAGCAAAUAUCACUUUUUACUUUUUUAUUGUAUACUUGUUGUAUAACCGCCAUUUAAAGGGAUGUUUCAGGAUAAUUUGCCGUCCAUCAUGGAGCGCUCCUUAGUCCUUGUGAUCGUCUUCUUGUCAAGUUUUAUAGGUAAGAUCAAGUUGCUUGAUGGCAGAUUCAUUUCAAUUUCUGUUAAAUUUAUUCUUUUACUUAUGCUGGUAUAAAUUUGAAGCGUUAAAUUCUUGAGGAGGCUCUCCCAUCAUGUUUGUAUCGAGAACGUAGUCUUGAUCUUUCUCGUGAAGAAAGCUGAAUUUAAGCGCAGCUUCUACUGUUUCAGCGAAAAGGUCGAUUUGACUUGAUUUCGAUGAAAGAUGGCAAAUAUAAGAUAAUGUGCGCAUUUCAACUGAAUCUUAAUUCGGCAAAUUUCAUAGAUGAAGGAUUAUCUAGUCUCUGAAAACCGAACAGGGCAACAGUACUAUUAAUUUUUCCCCCCUCAUGUCAUGUCGUGCUACAGAGAAGUUUUUGGGGAUCAACAUACACUUCUGCCUGCCAAAGUGGUUUCAGCUUAUCUCUUACGUUAUGCUAAUGGUGUUUAUGGUUAACCAAAUCAUCUGUCAGAUACAUUUUCAUUUUCUGUAACUCCUUCUUUGUGCUUUCUUAUUUUAUCUCAUUCAAGAAUUUCCAUUUUCCAAAUUGUAUUGUAAAAUUCAAUUUUCCUUGAAAUUACAUGCAUAAACAAUCAUUGGAUGAGGCUUUUGUGAUAUCCGGAAUAAUCAAGGUCGAGGUAAGUGUCAUCAGCCGAGCCGAAGGUGGAGGCUGAUAGCACUUACUGAGACCUUGAUUAUCUAGGAUAUCACAAAAACCAAAUCUAAUCGUAAUUGUUUUAUUAUACAUCGUUUUGAAGAAAAUAACGACAAACACUCUGUUGCAAGGAACCUGAAUAAAUAUUGUUAUUGGAAAUCCUGCAUGGCGCGCACAACCUACAGAUUAGUCUGCUGGCAGAUAACUAACUAAUCUGUAGGUUGUGCUGAUUUCCAAAGUUACCAGUGGGCUCUCAGCCAAUGAGAAGACAGACAGUGAGUACAAUGUAUAAUAACCAAAUUUACAAGCCACUUCAAUAAUCUGCUUAAUAAUAUUAGAAGCUUUGGUUUGGGCGUGAACGCUGUGAUGAGUGGAUAAAUACAAGCAUAAAGAUCAUAGUGCGGCUGUAAAAUAGUGUCUUGGUGGACUUCCAGUUCCUACGUUAGAGGUUUUUGCUCUUGUGCAAGGACAUGUUGAAUACUAUAGUACCUCUUGGAAAAUCCUUCAUGUGGUGGUGAAGUGGCUAAUGCUUUGUAGGUGGUUGGCUAAACACUGGUAUAUAUGCUGGUUCAGUAUACGAUGAAAAUUGCAACAACCACUUGCGCUUUUUGUGAGCUGUUUGCAGAAUAAAAGAAGCCACCAGCAGUCUUCUAGCUGGCCAAACGGAAUAGUAUUCCUUUUCACUAACAUUUACUUUUGCUCUGCAAAUGCUGAUAACCUGUCACGCAACUGAUAAUAAAAACAUGGUAGCCCAAGAGGUUGCUCCAAUAGCCCAAGAUUAUUGGACAGCACUUUUGUUACACCUUCUUGCUGGCCCCUGAGAUACAUGUAAGGAGGGGGCAUCACAGCUAAUGUGGCAAUGCGGUUUUGAGGUUUUGUUAAGUGAUAUUUUGGUAGUUUUUUUUUCAAUGUGUAGUAUUGCGGUAUCAUGUAACCAUUCUUUGGCGCUCUUCAAGUCUAUUCUUCAUCAGCCACUCUCAAGUAGGUGCCUAGAUAUUGGAUGAAGCAAAUUUCCUGAGGUAGUGGUACAUUGCACCUUUCACCAAUGUGGCCUGGGUUUAAAUUUAAUCAUCAAUGCCAUAUGUGGGUUGAGUUUGUUGUUGGUUCUCGCCUUUGCUCUGAGAGGUUUUCUUCGGGUACUCUGGUUUUCCCUUCUCCUCAAAAACCAACGUUUUCAAAUUCCAGUUCCAACUUGGAAUGGUACUAGAUCGUUACUUGUUUUUUUUUUAAUUACAGUACCAUAACUGUACUGUAGCUAUUAAAGAAAAUCUUAAAAUCUGACAUCCAAACCUCAUUCUUGUUAGUAAAUUUUUGCUUCCACUUAAGAGUUAUUAAUGAGUUUGAAAGGGUGUAAAAUCAUCAUUCAUUUCCCAUUUGGUUAAUUUAUUGUCCAAACAUAUGCAUGUGUACAUUUACUUUGAUACCAAGUCAAUUACUGUUUAAGUUUCUUUCUCAUUAUUUUUAUUUUUAGUCAAUGCUCAAGAGUCUGGAUCAAGUCUGAAUAACAGAACAUCAACUGUUGUCGUUCAAGAAUCACAAUCAUCUAUAACUUCUCAUCUGUAUCCUGUUACUAGUGCAUCACCUUACAGGGUAGUUAAGUCAGAGAUAAAGUUUGUAACAAUGUCUUCUUUAAGUACGGAAAGAACAAUAGCAGCUAGUAACAUUGGACCUAAUAUUUUUCAGUCACCUGUUUCAAUUGGAAGUGGUCCAAAAGAUAGCGGCUUAAAAACCCCAAGUGUAUUGCAAUCACCUACAAUACAGCAAUCUCAAGCACUUAGUAGUAGCAACAAACAACCAAUUGCAAUGCAAACUUCCAGUGACAAGCACACACAAGCAGCUAAGACAAGCCUUUUACCAGAAAGUAGUGGUAGUGAUACUGCUACGGCAAUACAGUCAGAUUAUUUGGUGCCCACACAAGCCAAGACAACUCAGCAGAUCCUUACUAGUGUUGCAGAGAGUGAAUCGUCUAUGCAUUAUUCGUCUACUGAGAGAGUGGCUAAAACUGUAUCUUCAAGACUAGCAUCUAGUACAAGCAGUGCCCAUGCAAGUGUUUCUAAAAGUACUAGUACAGUAUGGCCCAGCUUGAGAGCUACACCAGCUAGAAGUACAGUUCCAAUUAUACAACAGAACAGCUCACAUAUAUUUUUACAGGGAGGGUCACAGUCGACGCAAGUUCCAGCAGUGACUAGUGAAAUACAAGGUGGCACCACCUCGCACUUCUCUGCGAGUCUUUCCCUUGAUCUGGUUACCAUGACAACUAAGGGUUUAUCCUUUCUUCCUGUGACACCAUCACCUUCCUCAAGCAAUGUUGCUGGUUACGCUAGUAACGCCACUCAGUCAUUUGGCAACACUUCAACAGGUCAGACAUUGUGUAAUCAAUACAAUCAUAAUAUUAUUUUACUUAUUAUAUAAAUUUGCAUUAUUACAAGUGUAUGCUACAAUAGCUUGUCAUUGGUCAGUACAGUAAUGUGUACAUUAAUUAUUUUCUUAAUGCAAACUAUCAUCAGAAGUAUUAAUUGGAAUCCCUGGUCCCUUUUUUCUUUUUGUUCCCCACUUAAAAAGUGUCAGCUGCUGGUCGACUCAUUUAAAAGUUACUUUUUGUGCAUUUGAACAUCCCUAAAGCUAAACUGCACCAGUAGAUUUUUUAAGAAUACCCUUAUGUCUUGGAGAUAAAUACCUUGAUUCCCUUUUACAUGUUUUAAUAUAUAAUCAAAGACAGACUUUCUGAACUUUAAGUUCUUUGUGUUCAAGUUUAGCCCUGGAGUGAUUCUUUUUCCCAGAUAGUGAUGACAUAGGUGUUGAAUUGUUUGGGAAUGUACAGGUAUUUCUCAAACUCAUUAACCCAUUCGCCCCUGAGCUGCCCGUGGGGAUCCACGUCCUUUCUACUGCUUGUGAUGUCGUCUGUUUUAAUGGUCAAGGGCAACUUUGUACGCUAACUUGUGCAGAGUGAAGAGAUCUUUCAAACCAUACCAAAAUGAGCACAAUUCAGUCAAGGACACCGGAGAAAAAGGACAAAAACCAUCUAACAUUGACUUGAAAAUCUCCAUGAAAAUCUUGUUCCAUUGCCCACCUACCUUUCCUUUCACCUAAUCCUAAGAUCCUAAAAGCUUUCCUAAAAACUCUUCCCACCAAAAUGAAGCCUACUAAAAUUAAUGCCCGGCAAGAGAAAAAAAAUGAGGCAAGAAAAGCGAAAAAAGAGGGGAGGAAUUUGAAUUUGAAUUUGGGGAGGAAUGCCCGAACUUCGCAAGCUAACAGUUAGCAUCUGGAUCAGAAGGCCGUGAAGUGUACGACCUGUAAACCGGUUUGUGGUAAGUUUUAGCUCUUGAUAGCAUGACAGUGACCAGAAAACCACUCAACUAGCUUCAAACCACGUUUUUUGGCAAAAUCUCCAGGAGCGAAUGGGUUAAUAAUUCAUAAAGAAAAUACAAAGGAAAUUAAUGUUUAAUGAGUGUCUGGAAAUCAUAUGAAAAACUGUUCAUUUUUGCAUCCUUAAUUUCUCCUUCUAAAAUCAUUUUGUUUGUAAUAUCAAGCAUUCAACACAGUGUUUCAUCAGCAGAUAAAACACCUCAUCAAAAAUAUUCCCCUGUUACAUAAAGCUUUUUAUAACAACAGCCUGUUGAUGACAGCAUUUAAUUUUAUUGUUUUGUUACAGAACUAGCUAGCCAAGGUUUAUCCACUCAGUUGUUGACCAAAUCCACCGUUAUGACUGAAGUUGGUGUUUCCCAAAGUGAUACCUUGGUUCACCCAAUCAGUACACAGUUUCCAGCUGCGAAGAGUUCAAGUGUUAUGCUUUCUCCACCAACUGCUUCACCACCAGGUAUUUUACACAUAAACAGAUUAUUAAUUUUCUGAUUACACCUGUAGUUUAUUGAUCUGAUGAGUGCUGCCUUGGCAAGAAAAGCCUUAAACAGCCUGUAGCAAUGAGCUACAUUGUACAUUACCUACUUCUUAAAUUAGUGCUACGCCUGAUAAAGGAUUACCAGCAUUUUGAACCACUUUAGUUUAUGAACAGCUAAAAUUUUAAAGUGGAAAAAUGUAAAAUGUAACCAGUCUUUAGUGCCAGAGGCUUGCAUUUUUGCACAGAGUGACGCCACGGUUUCGUGGCUGAAACCUUAUACAAACUACACAUUCAGAAUUGCUGCUGAAAAUUCCUUUAACAAACAAACAAGCAAACAAUAAUGUUUUACCAUAAUAACUAUGAUGCUUAUUAACAUUGCAUUGCAUUGGUAGUAGUUGUUCCCAAUUUUUACAUUCCCCUGUCACUGAGUUUGAGUUAUCAUUUAUUAUAAUUUUUUUUAUUGUGUUGUUGAAAUUUAAGUGAAGACUUUCUUUAUUCCUGAUGUAAAUGUACUGACCCACAGAAGCCAAUAUAGAUUAUAUUAUUUAGUGGCUAUAUUUAAAUCUCAAAUGGCAAAAAUCCACAAUGUCAUGCUUUAGGAGAAGAAACUGUACACUUGACACUUGUGCUUCUGACACUUGACAGUUGCCAUUCCUAGCAGAUGUCUCUAGGGUGCAAAACAUACGUUGUGCAUGUAUACCAGUUUAUGUUUUUUUUCUUAAGUGAUAUCAUUCUAUUAGUGUUAUCAAACAUAUUAAAUCGAUAAUUGAACUUACCAAAAAAAGUAAAAAUACAGGUACAUGUUCAUGUAAACAGGGAUUGAUAGAAAGGUGGAUAAAACUGUCAGCCCUGAUGUGUAAAUAUUUUACCCUCAUUUACCAUAAACUAUAUAGCAUUUUUCUGAGGAACAAAAAGGUAACAUUUUUGCGAUCAAAAGGAUGUUUUUUCGACUGGAGUUCUAUGUAAAUUAAUGAUGAUACAAUUGAAAUGUAAUUUUGUAAUCAUGAAUAUAUUGCUGCAUUUAAUAUUAUUAUGCAAAAGAAACAUGCAAUGUACAUAGACCAACACAUUUUUUAUUAAUAUGUUAAUAAAAAAAUUUUAUGAUGUAAAGACUGCAUUUUUUAUGCAUUUUUCAAUUAGAGUUCUAUUAAGUUGUGAAAACAUGUAGAUGUAAUACGACAUGAAUAAUUAUAGACUCACAAUGUAUUUCAUGUGUCAUAAUUGUUACCUGCGUUGUAAACGUGGAAAAUUAAUGUGAAUGGGAUUUUACAUAAACUUUAGUGCCUGUUUUUUCACUUUCUUUCUUUUGUCGUGUAAUAACUGGAUGUACAUAUGUAGAGUGUAUAAUUUUAUUUGUUACAUGUAUGCUUUGAUGCAUGUGCAUUUUAUGUAUUUUAUCAUGCUUGAAUUUCAGGUGUACCAGAUCCACCGGUCAUUUUAAAUGUCACAGUUUUAUCAGCCCGCAGUGUUUUUCUGACAUGGAAUACAACCAGUGCACAGUCUUCAGCAAACUAUUCAGUUGAGUUUAGUAAUGAUUCUUUCACAUGGAAAAAUGCAACAUGUAACCAGUCUUCAGUGCCGGAGGCUUGCAUUGUUCAACACAGUGAGGCCAUGGUUUCAUGGCUGAAACCUUAUACAAACUACACAUUCAGAGUUGCUGCUGAAAAUUCCUUCGGUAGAAGCAAUUACAGUGGAGAGAGCAAACUGAUUUUGACUGAUGAAGCAGGUAAUUGCUUGCCCCAUGGAAUUUUCUUCUUUUUUCUUUGUAUUAAUUUUAAUAAAUUUGUCACUUUCCACUAUGCAGUGUACAUGUAUCACUCUCUUUGAUAAUAUAUCAGUUGUUGCACAUACAGUUGGCUCUGGACUGAAAAUGAAAAAAAAAAAAAAAUCAGGUGAUGUGAUUGCAAAAGGUGACAGUUUUUGUAACCAUUCACUUAAAGUGCCCACUGAGAUGAUUGUGCCUUCUUGCUCAAUGCACAGGCAAAUCCAUGCAUGUCCCUAUCAUGGUACAAGGGCAAGGGGGAGGGGUGGUUGUUGGACUCUACCCCCUUGGGGUUUUGCUAUUUUUGGUCUGUCAUACACUUUUCAAGAUAAUUUAAGUAUUAUGGUGUGUAUGUAUAAUAUUAUGUAUGACAUCAUUCAAAAUAGCAGCCUUCUCAGAUUUUGCUGAAAAUUCUGAUUUUUGCCAAUAGCUUUAAAAUUAUUAUUUUUUUCCAUUUAAAAAAGGAAAAAAAUAUUGACAAAGGGAGUACAUGUAACAAAAGGAAGUACUUCUUGUGAUAGUUAAGAAAGUGACAGAUAAUUUGAUCAAGUAUGUAAACUUUGAGAGAAGGCCUGUUAUGGUAAUGACAGUCAGCAACUGCAACAGCCACCACUUGUGAAUUAAGCCUUUAAACCCUAAUAUCAUCAUGGGUAUUCUCCACACAUUUCUCCAUACACUUCCUAUGGUACUUAUGAGGUGAAUAUGUUCAACAAUUGAGAACUAAUACAACUGCUGAUCAUUUUCUUUAUUCUCACAACCUUUCUGGUCAUUUGAGCAGUCAGUAGGGAGAAUUCAGUAUGGAUUGGUUACCCUCAGGGGAUUCAGACUUGACAGUCACAUAAUUACUGGUAUUUGAAUCCACCCCAACCCAAAGUAGGGGCCCUAAAGUUGCUCAAGAAAUUAAAUAGAAAAAAUGGAAAACCAGUUUGUCAAUUUAUGCAAUGUACAACACUACAAACUGCACUAUAGUGAUACUCAUGCUGACGUCACCAACUGAUAUUAAUGAUUGUGCCAUGAUUGGUUCCUGAAACAAAAGACUUUUUUAUUUUACUCGCUGGGAAAUUUGAAUAACAAAAACAUAAUGUUUGUAAACAGUGAUGUCUCCUAUUAAUGUUAAUAACUAAAGUCAAUUAUGUCUGUUUUGCCAUCAGCCCCAUCUGGUGCUCCAACUAUAACAGCGGCAGAUAGCACCAGCUCUGAGGCAAUCUCUAUUGCCUGGAAUCCACCAGCACUGGACACUUUAAAUGGCAAGCUACGAAAAUAUCAGCUUCGUCUAACAGAGAUAAGUACACAGCCAACAAUAAUGCCUACAAGUAGAAACAGUAUUUCUGGUUUGACAUCAUCAGCAUCACUUUUGCCGUCAUCUCCUGUACCCACUACACCAAGUGAUAGUGAGAUUCCUGUGACUACCGAGCCACAUAGGGAAGGAAAUGGUAGAAGUAAGCGGCAAGUUGGUUCACCUGUGGUUUUAGAUGUUGGUACAGCUGUGUCAUAUGAGGCACAUGGUCUUAAGAAGUGGACUGUCUAUGAAGUUGAAGUGAGAGCUGUCACAGUUGCUCCAGGACCAUUCAGUAAUAAACUGUCUGUGCGUACUGAUGAAGAUGGUAAGUCAGUAGUUGUACGUGUAAAAGUAGAGGAUUCUUAAAAGCUGCCACUCACCCUGACAUUUACAUUUAUAUAAUUAUAUCACCUUGAAAUAUUUAUUACAGACAUACUCGCAAGCUUCUAAACUAAUAAACUUAAGUGUUACUGCUAAGAAUAAGAAUAAAAAUACAAUAAAUAAUAGGGAGGGACAAGCACUACAAUGAAAAAAUGUAGUUAGGGAUGGUGGCUUUAAAUUCUGCUGUUGAAGCUAUUGUUUAAGUCAAAUGGUAGACUAUUCCAGUCAGUGAUAAUUCUCGGCCAGGAGCUGUAUUUGUACGUGUCGUGGAAUAAAUUUCAGUGGAUGAGAUGCUCUGGUUUUUAGGGAGGACUGAUGUUGUACAUGUACAUAGUAGGGGAUACCAAUAGCAGCCUGGUUGGUAACACACUUCUAAAUCAAUGUCAGUGUAGCUACAUGUCUGCUUUUUUGAAGAGUUGGCCAAUUUAGGACAAUCUAGGGCAUUGGUUACGCAUCCCUCCUCUUUCAUGUACUUGGAGAACAGCUGUCAAAUAAGGCUUGCCCAGGACCUUUACUGCAUAUGUCGUCGUUAUCAAAAUAGUGUAAAUUAUAACAAGAAUUGUAAAAACAUAUAAAUAUAAACAACGUUUUGUGGCUUCCCAUUUUGUACACAAUCUAAUAUUCAUGAAAGUUUGGUUGAACUUAAAAAUAGCAUACUCUACUCUUGAUAUUUGUUGUUCUUUGAUGUCAAGGUUUCUGUGAAACACAGGAAGCAUUUAACAAUGUUACAUUAAUUAUGUUACAUGUACAAAAUGUCAUGUUCAUCUAAACAUAAUUUUCUUGAAUCGAGUAAGGUGUAGUUUUUGUUUAUCUGUGGUGUUGUUUCCCUGCAUUGUAAGUUGAAAGACUAGCUUUUAAAAUCUUUGUUUUUUUGUUCUCAUAGUUCCAAGUCAGCCAACUGAACUUUCAGCCAAAGCAAUUAACUCUACUACAUUGUUUGUGAACUGGACUGAACCAACAGAGAUGAAUGGUGUUCUCCUCAAGUACGAGGUAAUGCAACAUGUACAUCUCUUCUAGUGUGCAUUUUUCAAUACGUUAUUGUACUUUAAAAUAUUUUCAUAAGUAAGUGGAAUAUGAUCGUUUGGGAGAGUGUGGUCCUGAAUACAGGAUGCAAAGAAACUCAAUUUUACAGCCUGCCAUUCGGGCAAGCUUUAGCUAGCAUGUACUAACCCACAAGUCAUUUCAACUAGCCCAAAAAUCCUUUUUGAUGAGCAGGAUUGAUUACAAUCCUUCUGUAAUUUGGAUUUCCCCCAAAAACAGUACUUGCCCCUCAGGCAAAAUCCACUAGCCCUGGGCUAUCAGACACGACUUUCUUUGCGCGCUGUGAAUAGGACUGAUGUUGAGAGUGACUGACGUUUUGACAACCUGUGCGGUAGUCAUCGCCAGAGUCAAAGUGAGGUGAUGGUAUUAAACUCUGGUUGGCGACCUGAUUGGUCGAUUAACUGGUGUUCUUAUUGGUCAUAUGUAAGCUAAGCCGUGAUGGCUAUGAAGACUCCAUAGUAUAAAUGUGAGUGAUGAGUUUCAAUCCGUCUUUUGACAUGGUAACAAGGGUCGUUAUUGAUAGUCAAAUAUCCAUUGUCCAGUCACUCUAUUGGCGUCAGUUUUGCUGCAUCACGUCUAUGAGGCUAUGUUCAUACUUUUCCUGGAUAGCUUUUGUGCUGGUUCAAAAACCACACCGGAUAGGGUUUUUGUUUACACUUACAUGUAAGAACGAUGAUUUCGGCGCAAUUUCUUUAACAAAGCGACGCUGCGCCGCGACUACCUCUUAACUGGAGAGUCACAAACCAGAUAUACCAGUCCGGUAUAGUGUAUAUAUCUUUUGUUUCUUUGCCUUAACAAGGUGACAUACACAGAGCAAGGAUCCUCCAAGUCAACAACUAGGCCUGUUGGUAUAGGAGAGAGGAGUGCAGUCAUUUCUUCCUUAAAUACUUUCACAUUUUAUUCAAUCAAUGUUGCUGCUUUCACCAGCAAAGGGCGAGGAAAUCAAAGCACUGUAUUGAUCCAGACAGAUGAAGGACGUGAGUAAUGUGUGAUGUUAACUGGUCUUUAGGCUAGCAAAGGUUAGGUUACUCGGUGCUUAAAUGAGGACAAAAAAGACGAAGUAAUAUUAUCUGAAAUGACUUACCGUAUUGAAGUGUAAUUAUAAUUUUGCGCAGUCAUGAAAAUCAUACUGGACAUGGCUUCAGUCCGCACAAAAGAACGGUUGUGGCGGCGCGAUUUCUGUGACGUAGCGAAGCUACGCUCCGCCGAUCUCUCAAGUGAAGGGUCACAUAUCGGAUAAGUGUUCAUACUAUACCGGGCAGCUUUUUCUGGCGCCACUAUAGUGUCAUGAUAACCUUAAUCAAACGACAAUGCUUCUCUAGUAGCUUUAUUCGGGUAACAGCUAAGCUUCUUGUUUAAAAGUACAGGCUCCAAAAAGUACACGUAGUUUCAACUUGGCAAUCUAGUUGGUAUACGUUUGAUGCGAGUAUACAUUCUACUUUUCACCCUUUCCUCGCUUCUCUUGUAGAGGAGGGUUGGAAAACUCAGAUACGACCCCUAUGUGCGUUUUUCAACCCUCCAUUACAAGAGAAGAGUCCAUGAGAUUAAACCCUUUAAAUGCAAGUAAGAUGCUGAACAAAGGAAAUUUCCAUGAUACUACGUGGUGGGAAUACAUGUUCUGUUUGUCGAAAGGAAAACUUUGAAAGGCAGAUAUGUACUGUACAAAUAUUUGAUGUACAUUGUAAACUGCGUGGCCAUUGUAGCUCUUGGUUAGUUGGAAGAGCCCUGUUCUACGGAACUGGAGGUCACGUGUAGUUCCAAUACUCUGGUUCUUCAAAUAACUUGGAAAAAAGGUAUUGCCUUUUUCUUACCGACAGGACGCUUAUCCCGCGGAUUUGGUAUUGCUAUGACACCUCCCCCCACCCCACCCCACAACAAUCCUGCUGGGCGUCAACAUUAUUAUUUUUUUGGUGGGGGAGGGGGGGGGGGAGUAUUUGUAAUUGCGAGUGCUUUAAGGUGGCUCGAUACAGUUUUUCAGGGUCAAUAACUCCCAAGUGUGAGCGUGAACUACGUCGCCAUUUACAAAGAUUUGGAGAAAUUAACAGCACAGUUGUCUUAGAUAAAGAUGAAACUUUGUUAUGAUCAGGGUUGCAAGGACAUCGGAGUUGACAUAGCAACGAAAUGAUGCCAUUACCUAUUUUACUUACAGCAGUAUUUCUCGGCCCUGGGAACUGUUCUUCCAAAAUCGUUCACUGGAGCUUUUUCUUCCAAUAGCCGCCUCGAUGUUCGUGAAGUUUAAGAGAAAUCUGUAAGAGCGUUAUCGUGAUAUUUUGGGAAGAAGUUUUUAUGGUUAGAAAUACGGUAAAAAAUUGACAAUCUUGAUGUUCGACUGUUAUAUGUACUAAACGACGCGCUUUUAACAUGCAAUUUCACCUCAUAGUAGUUUAAAUCUUUGUAAAAACGUGUGUGAAAGAUCAUGGAGAUACCUCCAGCCGAUUGCUAGAAAGAAGGAUUUGAUUGGUAUGUAUCGGGGCGCUCUUGUUAGCGGUAAUGUAAAAAUUUCGGUCUACUUUUUAAAUAAGCGAAUAAUUUUUAAACCGCUCGAUAAAUUUUUUAGAAAAUUUAAAAAUCUUGAGAUUAACCGUCCUUUUAUAUGACCUCUUAGUUUCAAGACUAUUGAUAUAUUGUAAGGCGGUAAAAUAAGGGCUACAAUACGCUAAUAUUUUGUCCGAAAUUUUGUGUUUACAAGUGUUAGUCUCUCAUUAUUCAGGGGUAUUGUCUCCAAGUUUCAUAUUUUCGUGCACAACAAUAGCUAGCAGUUUUGCAUAUGUCAAAUGCAUUGUUAUUUACUGCUGUUCACGUGAAAAUGAAACUUUGAGACAAUACCCCUGAAUAAUAAGAGACCCUCACUUGUAAACACAAAAUUUCUGACAAAAUGUUAGUGAAUUAUAGCCGUUAUUUUACUACCUUACAAUAUAUCAAUAAUCUUGAAACUAAGAGGUCAUAUAAAAGGACGGUUUAUCUGAAGACUCUAAAAUUUUUGAAACAAUCUAUCGAGCGGUUUUAAAAUUAUUCGCUAAUUUGUUGAAGUGGACCGAAAUGUUUAUAGUCAGGUGGCUAAAGGCUCAGAUCUAUACAGAGUGGACAAAAGCACCAAACUUUGCAUGGUUGUAGCUUAGGGUAUGUCAGUCAAUAUUAUGAUCGGUGCCCACAGCUACCUCUUCAGGAUUUGCAGCAACUGCUCGCUGAAGUUCUUCAACAACCUUCCAUGAUGGGUAGCCUGUGCCGAAAAUUGCAAUUACUUGUUUUUUGCCAUUUUUUGAUGUAAAUCACAUAAAAAGGGAAGUAGAUGGAAAAAGAAACUGCAUUAAUACUAUUAUUAUUGAAACCAAUGACUAAAACAAAUCAACUUAAUGAUAUAGCAAUUAUGAUAUACCAUGGUGGGUAUCCUGUGCUAAAAAUAUCAAUUCCUUGAUUUUUGCCAUUAUUUUGAUGAAAAUCACAUGAAAGAUAAGAAAAUAAAAAAUGAAAUUGUAUCAUCAUUGAAACCAAUGACAAAAACAAGUCAACUAAAUGGAAAAUCGAAGGAAGAUGUUUUCAGACGUGUACUCAGUCCCAAAUAACCUUUCAAGAUGGCGGCUUGAAGGUGUCUUUUCAUAGACUGUAAGUAUCUACUAGAAUAAAUUGCCGUUUUGGGGGGGAAAUUGUGCACAACUUGAAUCACGACAGGUUUAAGUGAAGUUUUCAGCUCUUCUUGGUGAUAAAUUUGUUAUCGAAAGCUACAUUUUCACUUCAUAUUUUGUGCCGAUUAUGAUGACUAUACUGAGUUUAUUAACUUACUGGUUAGUUAAAGGUUUCUGAAGCUGAGAUGUUUUCUACACACCAGGAUAGAUAUUAACUAGGAUCGUUGUUAUAUUUGCCAAGAAUCAACAAAAGAAGAUUUGAGAAGCCCACUGGUUUAACUGUACAAGCAUUAAUUUAUAGAACGCUCCUUGAAAAUGUACUAAAAAGGCUGAAGUGCGAAAUAGGCAUACAUGUCAGAGGAACGCAAGAAGAAAAAGGAGCAGCUCGGAAGGUCAAGGAAGACAAGAAAUUAAAUAAAUCAAGAGCAUUUGUUGAACUCACUGAGUACAAAGCAAAUGCAGUGGACAAUGAUACACAUUUCUUUAUACUUGCCGAACUUCAUGUUAAGCUGUAUUCGUUACAAACAGAGGCACACACUUUGCAGUCCCGCUAUAGUGUCAGUCUUACAAGCUCGUUUGGUGCCACAAUCUCCAACUGGCUGUUUCUGAUCUGCUUCAACAUGCUUUUUUCUCUUUUCUAGUUUGCUUUUUCUAACUUGUACGUGAGGUGACAGGAUUGAUGCCACUUUGCACUUCAGUAACGUGUUUACUACUGUAGUGAUUUUAAUAUGAAACUUAAUUGCAACAAGACGGCACAGUCCUCUUUCUUGAAUUCUAGUAAAUUGUCAAGAAGCGUUCUAUGAAUAAUUGUUCUGUUAAAUUAAUGGGUUUCUCAGAUCCUCUCUUUUCGAUUCUCACCCUGGGUAAAUAUGACAACGAUCCCAACUGAUUUCCAUCUUGGCGUGUAGAAACGAGUUUAAACUCAAUCAUGAUAAGACUGAAAUCAUGCUUAUCUUGUCGAUGUACCUUACUCGUCCAUCCUUUAGCGACGUCAUUAUGGGUAAUGCAAGGCUAAGAACCACCACCAACAAAGCCUGGGAGUAGUAUUUGAUGACAACUUGCUGUUUGACGCACACGUCUCAGCAUUCUUUUGCAGAUUAUCGUUUCACCAACUCAGGAAUUUAUCAAAGAUAAGAAAAUGUCUCACACAGGAGUCUAGCGAAAUUGCAGUGCGUGCUUUUAUUACAUCUAAAACAGACUGUUAAUUGCAAUUCUUUGCUCUAUGGUUGUAGGAAAAUGCACUUGAAGGAACUUUUAAUAAUAUGUUCAGAACACUGCCCCCAGGACCGUUACUCGGACUCGUAAACUUUGCGAACACAUUAUUUAUAUGACCUUCACUGGCUUCCUGUUAGUUAUCAUGUUGUUUUUAAACUUAUUUUGUCAGUUUUCAAAUCACUUAAUAACCUUCCACCUAGCUAUCUAGCGGACGGUUAUCGAAGGCCUUCCGGGAACUUGUGGUCCACAUCUCAGCAGCUCUUAGAACAACCUCGAAAACUCAGGGGGAAAAAGAUUUUUUCAGUGUGCCCCUUAAACUGUGGAACUCACUACCAUUAGCUAGAUUUUCAGAAGUCACCAUCUUUAGCCAGUUGAAAGAAAGGACUGAGAACAUAUCUUUUUACGCAAUUUUUAGAGAGUAAGUCAAUACUUUUGUAAAACGUCUUUAAUAUCUGCAGAUCAUAUAUCCAUACUUAUAGAACGUAUAUUUAGUUUUUUGCAUGACUUAUUAUCAUUAUAUAUAAACUUUAAAGGCAAAAUAAUUUCAAAACAGAUGAAUUCUUGUUUCCUUCUCUUGUUCUUUGUGAAUUGCAAAUAGAUUUUAAUAUAUGUUAUUUCAUGCUCGAGAUAUAAUUUUUUUUUCUCUUUAACAUUGUUAAACACCAUGUGCUCAGGAUAUGAGCGCUAUAGAAAGAAGCCACUUUUACUAUUAUUAAUUUUAAACCAGUACGAAAAUAAACUCAGUAUAGUCAUUCAUAAUCGGCACAAAAUGUGAAGAGAAAAUGUGGCUUUCGAUAACAAAUUUAUCACCAAGAAGAACUUAAAAUUCACUUAAACCUGUUGUGAUUCAAAUUGUACACAAUUUCCGCUAAAAAACGGCAAGUUAUUCUAGUAGAUACUUACAGUCCAUGAAAAGACACAGCCGCCACCUUGAGGCUGUUUGGGACUGAGUACGCGUCUGAAAACAUCUUGAUUUUCCAUUUAGUUGGCAUGUUUUUUUCAUUGGUUUCAACAAAAAUACAAUUUCUUUUUUAUUUUCAUGUCCUUCAUGUGAUUUUCAUCAAAAUAAUGGCAAAAAAAAAGGACUUGAUUUUUUUAGCACAGGGCACCCACCAUGGUACAUCAUAAUUGCUAUAUCAUUAAGUCGACUUGUUUUAGUCAUUGGUUUCAAUAAUAAUAGUAUUAAUACAGUUUCUUUUUCCAUCUACUUCCCUUUUUAUGUGAUUUACAUCAAAAAAUGGCAAAAAACAAGUGAUUGCAAUUUUCGGCACAGGGCACCCAUCAUGGAAGGUUGUUGGAGAACUUCAGCGAGCAGUUGCUGCAAAUCCUGGAGAGGUAGCUGUGGGCACCGAUCCUAAUAUUGACUAACAUGCCCUAAGCUACAACCAUGCAAAGUUUGGUGCUUUUGUCCGCUCUGUAUAGAUCUCGCCAAAAUUUUGCACUAAGCCACCGGACUAUUACAUUACCGCUAACAUUAGCGCCCCGAUACAUACUAAUCAAAUCGUUCUUUCUAGCAAUCGUCUGGAGGUAUCUCCAUGGUCUUUCACACACGUUUUUAAAAAGAUUUAAACUACUAUGACGUGAAAUUGCAUGUCAAAAGCGCUUCGUUUAGUACAGAUAAUCAUCAAACACCAAGAUUCUACAUUUUUUACCGUAUUUCUAACCAUAAAAACUUCGCCCCCAAAUAUCUCGAUAACGCUCUCACAGAUUUCGCUUAAACUUCACGAACAUCGAGGCAGCUAUUGGAGGAAAAAUCUCCAGUAAACGAUUUUGGAAGAACAGUUCCCAGUGCCGAGAAAUACUGCUGCAAGUAAAAUAGGUAAUGGCGUCAUUUCGUUGCUAUGACAACUCCGAUGUCAUUGCAACCCUAAUCAUAACAAAGUUUCAUCUUUAUCUAAUACAACUGUGGUGUCAAUUUUUCCAAAUCUUUGUUUAUGGCGACGUAGUUUACGCUCAAACUUGGGAGGUAUUGACCCUGAAAAACUGUAUCGAGCCACCUUAAAGGGCUCUCACUUGAAAGAAUAUAUAGUAAAGUCCAUUUUUGUCCAAGCCUGUAGGCCCUCACUUGGCGCAGAUGAACGCUUAGUUUUUGUGUGAUCUUUGAUUUGGCAGAACCAUCAUCGCCUCUGAAUCUCUCCACCCAGAGUGUUAACUCAACAGCGAUUCUUGUGUCCUGGAAACAACCUGCUCAUAGUAACGGAAAAAUCAAAUACAGGUUAUCAAUAAACACAGGAUCAGAGCAGAGUGCUUUUUAUCAAGUAGUCUAUGACGGCAACAACACUCAGUACCUUGUGUCCGAUUUAAAGCCUUUCACAAAGUACAACCUCCAAGUCGCUGCCUACAAUGUAAAGUACAACUUGUCAAGUCUUUCGGUUGUUGCUAUGGAAACUACAAGCCAGGCGGGUAGGUUGUUAUUGGGUGACCGGUCAUUUCACUGACUCUUUUUUUAAACGAGUAGUAACUUACUUGCUCUCGAAUGAAUAUAGACUAUUUCCCAGAGUAGAAAAAACAAUCGUUGAAAACGUGUUCAAAUGAUGUAUUGUAAAUAGUGUAAUCAUGUUAAAAUUUAAAGGAAAGGUUGUGUCUGUACAAGUUGCUCCUCCUCCGAAAAGAGUAUGGGAACCUUACCUUUUGCAUAAACAACCAGUCGGUAAAGUUUCACGAAAAUCUCACUGCAGGUUCUUGUUGACUCAGGAGAGGAAUGACCUUAAUUGCGAUUUUUCUUCCUUCUUUCAGCACCUUCUGGUGCCCCAGAGAACGCACGCGCAGUAACAAAUUCUUCCACAUCAAUAAUUGUGCUCUGGACUCCUCCAAAAACGGCUGAACAAAAUGGAGAAAUUAUAAGUUACACCAUCUACGCCAACAGCAGUGAUCGGUCCUUUGUGAAAUUCCUAAACGUGACUGGUAACACUACAACAUUGGCAGUGUCUGGUCUUCAACCCUACACUGAUUAUUUGUUCAUGAUACAAGCAGUAACUGUUGGAGGGAGGGGUCCCUACAGUCAUCCUGUCACAAACAAAACAUUUGAAGCAGGUAAAGUGUUCAACAAAGUUAAUGGCAUUUUACAUAGCUUACAGUGCCUAAAUUUAUUUCUGGAGCCUAGAGGCGACUUGUUACUUGGGGUUAUAAUUUUUUUUUUCUUUUUUAAUGAAAGCAGUCCUUGUUUUUGCUUCUGGUUGUAUUUGCGUUGAUGCGGUCAAUAUUCACACUUUUUUCCUUUGUUUGUCAGUUUUUGGGUUGACUUGUUUCACUCGUGUUUUUGCUUAUUCUUGUGUUAGAGUCAAUGGAGUUUACACGUGUUUGCUUGGUUUAUCAGAGUUUAAGUUGACGUGGUUCACCGGCACGUGUUUUUGCUCAGUGUGUGUCUGGUAUGAGGUUGUUGACACUUGUUUCUACUUGACGUGAGCUUUAAUUGAGGCUUCUGACACCAUAUUAUGUUUGUGCUUUUGUCUGGGUUGAAGAAGUGCACAAAUGCUUUGUUUGGCGUUUGUCUGUUUUGAGGUCGUUCUAACAUGUUUCUUGGGUUAGGGUACUCCAGACUUAUUAUUAUUAAUUUUUUUUUCUGCUUUCGUUUUUGAUGAAUUAGUUGGCGUGUGUUUCUGUUUAUACAGUGGCACCUCAAUAUAACGAACCUCUGUAUAACGAAGUCCUCGAUCAGUAUAACGAACGAUUUUCUUCCGCCCGGCCAAAAUUAUAGUAAAAUGUAUGGAACAGAACCUCGAUUUAACGAAAUCCACGAGCGCAAACGUCAGCAUGUGAUAAAAGAUGAAUGCCAAACAGACCAACAAGGAUAAAAUUUAUGUGUAGAGUUAGACUAGGAGUAGUCCCCUGACUUUUUCUCGGGGAUUGUAGAGCGAGCAAAACGCGAGCGCGCGUGAAAAUUACCCCACGCGAGAAAGACGAGACGCCGUGGGGAGAGGGAGAAAUGAGGGACUACAGAAAAAGUCCAAGCUUUUGACCCCCUCUCACCGCCGCGUCUCGCCUUUCUCGCGUUGGGUGAUUUUCACGCGCGCUCGCGUUUCGUUCGCUCUAGUGUCCCAGAGGAAAAAUAAGGGCUACUCGUAGUCUAGUGUAGAGUAGUUUUAGGCAGUCUUGUUUGCCUGUUCUUGAGUUUUUAAUGCCUUAGCCAUAUACAGCUCGGUACUGACUUGUUGUUACAAUAAUUUUUUAGAUCCGGGGAUGCUGGGUUUUGUAAAUUAACUAUUAACUAUACCUCGGUACAACCGUAACAUUCUGAUAGUUUUCCCGAAAAUUCGUUAAAUGGAGGUGUUCGGUGUAACGAACUCUCGUUAUAACGAACAAAUUUCCCCAGUCCCUUGGCACUUCGUUAAAUCGAGGUUCCACUGUACUUGUGACCGGAUCUAGUGAAACAUAUUUUUAUAGUUUGGUAGAUUGAUUAAAGCUACAUAUUCGUUAUAACAAAGUUACUCCGUUGAUAUGACAAGUCACAUGCACUCCAGGUAGAUUUCAUUCAUAUUCAAAAUGAUAGUUUUGGGUUUUAACUCUUUUCGGACAACAUGUCGACCACAGUUAAGAUUUCUUGGAUAAAGGCCAGCUUAUUUGCAGCCUAUUUUUCUUUUGUUUACAGAGCCUUCGCCACCUCGAAAUUUAACGGCAAAAAGUGCAAAUUCCACAGCAAUAAGACUCAAGUGGGUGCAGCCUCUUCAUCCAAAUGGCGUCGUACGGUACAAACUCUCCAUGCGUCUGAGUACAGUGGAUGAGUCACAGAAUAAAGUUCUAUAUGAGGGAUCAGUUACUGCUUUUGUUGUAUCUGGUUUAGAGGAGUACGUUAUGUAUACCUUCACUGUUGUAUCGGUCAACAUCAAGCACUCUUGGACAAGUACGCCUGUAGUUGCCAUGGAAACUACUCACCCAGCAGGUAUUUUCCAGUGAAGUAUAAAUUGAAUAUUAAUUUCCGUCGCUAAGGUGACUCUUAGUAUCGCGGUCGUAAUUUUGUACUUCAGUAAUUCAAGUCACAGUUCUCUGGCGAGUAUACAAGCGCAAAAUCUGCAUUGUGCAUUGAUGCAAGGGUUUGUAACAUUCUCUUUUUGAAUGCUUUGCCAAGCUGACCUGGGAUCACUGAACUAAAACGUUGUUUGCUGCCUUUUGCUGUGUUAGUUUGUCGUACGGGCAAGCAAAAAGCAAACGUCUGGAUUCAUAAAUACGAUCUUUCCUUAUCGUCCUCUGAAUAGCGCCCUCAAUCCCAUAUUUCAGCAUUUAAGGUCAUUGUUUUGAAAUGGAAGCUGGACUGAGAUUUUUGACAAACUGUCCUUGUGUGAAGUUAAUUACAUGUAGGCUGUAGAAAAAAAUGGGAGUCCCCAUGCUAACUCUUCAAAUAUGAUGGCUGCAAAUACCCGCUCUUAUAGUAUUUGUUGUCGAUUUCUGCUCAAUCUUUCUCAAUUUGCAAAGCCAAAAUAAAAAUUAUGCACAAAAUGCCAACAUAGUAAGCACUCUUGGAUAUCGAGGAACCUCAUGUUUUUAUGUAUGCUACAACAAACGUUUACUAUAGUUGUGUACUUUUUCGUUUAAGUUGUUUCCAUGGUUACCAAACCCAAAGCAAUUUUUUUUUUCAGGUGACAUUUUUCAUAUUUUUCACAAUUUCCAACGGCGAGAAUUUGUCUAUAUUUUGUUUACAUGAAGUUUGGUGCCAAAAGGUUGUGUCACCACGCUUGAUUUUAAGGCAGGGUAAUAAUUUGGUACUCAGGCGGCUCUUACAAAUAAUUAAUUGCUCCAAAUUUUCCCACAGGUAUUAUUUGGAAGUUUACCACGAUAAAAGUAAAAAUCACUCCAGUAAACCCUCUACAAGUAUUUCUAAAUUCCUUGUUAAAUAAAUAUAUUGAGUGGUAUAAUUACGCUAGAAGAAAUGCAAGGCCAUACAAAUGUUCCAUCUUAUAGUUUAUUAGUGACUUGAAAAUGCCAAUAGUAAGUUUACACAGUUUGUUGGCAUUCUACUUGGCGAUAAACCGCUGUUAAGCGGACACGUUCGGGACCUUCCCAAGUGUCCGCUUAAGGAAGGGUGUCCGUUUAAUAGAGGUUUGUAAAAAUUGCGCAAUGUUUGUUAACGAUUAACAUUCAACGGUUACUUUGUACAGUGAUAAAGUUCCAUGUUGUUAACCAUAGUUCAAGUUCAGUACCUUUCAUAACCAAAUUUAAUUUGUUUGUAAAUGCAGAAACAGCAACGCUAAUACACGCGGAUGACAAUCACCCGGCCGAAUAUUGAUCUAAUUAACAGUUUAUUCGCAGCUAAAUAUAUUGAUUUAUCUUUUUUAAUCGACUACAGUACGUAUUUCAAGGACGUAAUCCAAUACUACUAUUGUCAAUUCAGUCCGGUGUCCGCUUAAUAGAGGUUUUUAACGAUAGAAAAUAUAGCCAAAUACAAUGUAUUUUUUUAUAUAUGACGUUAAUUUCGGGACCUGGCUUAGUGUUCGCUUAAUAGAGGGUGUCUUUUUCGCUUUACUUGUUAGAGUGUCAAUUUGUAGUGAUUUGAACGACCAGCAGCAGAACCUAUAUACCUUCUACGUACAUCUAAAAUUAAAAUAAGGUCUCCCAAGAGAACUACUGGCCCCAUAAGUCUUCAUUUCAUCGCAGUCACUGUUUGGACAAGUUAGAUGGGGGAAUUUUCCAAGCUGAGAUUUCUUUACUUGCAAUACAUCGAUAACUGAAGCGGAAAUUUACAUUUUUUUUUUUCACACAGACACAACGGCUUAAGACUACUUCCAUGGGUUCGAUCAAGAGCCAUAAUGGCUCUUGGUUCGAUGAAGUAUCGCUCCUCGAAAGUUAAUGUCUUUUUGGCACACUUUCAGCAACUUUCACCUGCAUUAUCACACCUUCCUGAUUUAUCACUGUUUUAGAAGUUUUCCUUACAGCGUAUUUCUAAAUCAUUUCGUUUUUAACAACUCCUAAAAAUUUUGAAAACAAUCCAUUCUGUCAAUUCUAGGGCGACUAUCGCCAUCUUGGGAAAAUGAUGCGCAGUAGAGUUGCGCAGUGCCAAACAGAGGAGACCUUAAUGCAAUCUGAGUAUAGAGCUUUCUUUGGGCUGUCGGGGAAAGGGUAUUGAAAUGGGAAAAACACAUUUUUCCUCCUUUUCCCAUGGAGCAGUCUACUGCUUAGGCGGUCUUAAGUGACCAAUAAUUCUUGGACUAAUAUCACUCCCAACGUAGUAUAAGGACUAGUGGGUAUCUUUGCUUGUUACAGGUUAGUUACUGUUCGGUCGGAAUAUUUUUUAUCUCAUUACAGAACCUUCUGGCGCACCGCAGGGCGUCCGUGCCAUGGCUAAAUCAUCAACUUCCAUCAUAGUUGAAUGGAGCCCUCCUCUCGUUUCUGAGAGAAAUGGCAUCAUAAUCCAAUAUACUGUAGAGUACGAACAAGAUCCUGCCGGUGAAUCCAAGUCAGUCAACACAACAGAUAACAGUACAAGCUUUGUGGUGAAAGACUUAGCCAUCUUUACCAAAUACUCGUUUAAAAUCCGUGCGUGGAAUGUUGUGGGCGAGGGGCCUGAGAGCGAGCCUGUGUACAACACGACUUUAGAAGACAGUAAGUGUCAGUAACAAGAAAGAAACGUGACCAACUUCUAAAUGAUCGAAAAUUUAACCAACGAUGUACAUAAACCUGUUAGAAUAGGAUUCAGAUGGACCUUAGACCUCCAGAUUGUGAGUCAAACUCGAUCACAUUUUGGCCAUGCCAUUUUCUCAACUGGUUAUUUUAUUUUAUUUCUUUUUAGGGCCUUCACCUCCAACAGAUCUUACAACACACACCUUGAAUUCCUCAGCCAUAAGAGUUUCAUGGCAGAUACCGUUGAACGCCAAUGGCGAAAUUUUGUACCGCCUGUACUACUGGCAAAAUAGCGAGGGGCCUGGAUCUAGGAAGUUGAUAUAUGACGGUCCUUUGCUUGAGUAUAUUGUAGCGGGGCUUCAUGAAUACGUUACUUACACCUUCAUGCUGUUGGCAUACAAUGUGAGGUUUGAAUGGAGUAGUACAGCGGUAAAUGCUUCUGAAACAACGCAUCCUGCAGGUAAAUUGUUUUCGUUACAAGUACCGCUUGCUUUAUGAUUUAAUUAGUUGUCAUAAGUACCACUUUCUUUCUUACUUAAAGCUGAUUAAGCUAAAUAGAACCACGAUGAAACACUAGUCGUUGGCCUUUUUGACUUAAAGACUGUUUACAGGGAGAUUUAAAGCUCCAGGUAGAUGAGCUAACCCGCUUAGGUGGUUUUAACAACCCGCUUUUACGUGCCAUUAAUCUUGUAACCCCUGUAUUCCGGGGUUGCACUGUCUGACAGGUCGCUAGUAGACUGCAAAACAGUCGGUUUUUUUCUCAAAAUCAGUAAAGAAAUCGGUAAAGCGUGGGGUAAGACUCUUACGCGCGCGAAGCGCGCGAGCCUCACACGCCCGUGCCUCACACGCCCGUAGGGCGUGUGAGGCGAGAGAAAAAAAACCGACUGUCCGUUUUCCUUACAAUGAGUUCGUUCCGACCAGGGGGUUCAAAAAUGUCGUCGAGCUGUCAAAAAUCUGUUCGCAACUCCACCCUCUUUGUGAAUUUGAUAGACUCGCGUGUUAUUAUUGACGCUGUAAUCCAGUAAUCAUAGUAAAGCAGUUUUUAGCGUUGCUUCCCUGUGAAAUGUAGUGUAUAUAGCGAAAUGUAGUAUAUAUAGUGGAGGAUCAAAAUGAGUGAAAGUGGCAGUACGACAACAAAGCCUGUGCCUGCUCCUCGAAGAGGGAGAAAGCCGUAAGAGCCGAGAGCUUUGGACAAAUCGUAGAAUGUGCGGCUGUUGUUUCAAAACAUAGUUCGGCAAUUUUACGAAUGGAUGGAUAAGCUCGGAAAAUGCGUUUGUUGCGCCUACCAGAAAAAGGGAAACGUUACCAAAGUGGGCUGACCUACUGAAAAACGAACUUUUCGUUGUCCUCGAGGAAGGAGAAUCUUUCUCCACAAGAGCAGUUUGCUAACCGUGCGGAACAACGGUUAGAAAUUGCCCAGAGAAACUGCACGGCGAUGCUUUCGCAAAUUAGAGAAGAACUGAACACGCCAACUGACAGUGAACAACUAUUGCGAUUGAAAAGAAUGAGUAAAUCCCCUCAUUCCAAACCACGUCGUGGUGAUUUAGCUCUGUAAAGUACUAUCUGUGAGAAUUUAAAAUCCUGCCAAAAACGCUAACGAGCUGGGCCCAGCGUGACAAAACAUUGCAGGAAAAAGUCACAUUCACGGACACAAAGAAAAUCGCUUAAAAUUAUUCAAAUCCAGGAGGCACUUUGGAGAAAUAAAACAACCUAAAACCCUUAAUCAGCCGCAAUGAAGAGCUUUACAUUUCUAAAGGGGCCAAGAAAGAAAACGCUCUUGCGUCAGAGGGCAAAUCAUGCCUACCAGAGAAAACCAAUAUGCGUGUCACGACCUCUCAGUAUGAAUUAUAUUUAAUAAGCGGCCAAAAUUCACAUUUGCUCAGUCAAAAUGUUUUCCUCCAAAGCAUAAUCUACUCGACAGAGAAAACAAUUCAUUGGAACAAGCGGCAUGUUUGCAUGAGGUAAAAGUCGUGUGUUUCCUACCGAUCGCUUUUUUAGCCAGGUGAGAUAACAGUGACGGUCGGCCGUUGCACGGAACUUGAAGAACUCUUUGCAUGAACAAACAUCCGAUAAAUAAGGCUUUUGUCAAAUCCUGUUGGUAGAACACAGAAAACAUCCUUUCCCCUGAGUAGCAACUCCAAAGCUUCCCUCUGCUCCGAUUUUAAAACACAUCCCAAUUCUUGCGAGCAAAUCCAGGCGAUCAACAUCUGUCAUUUUACAGCGAAAGCUUUAGCAAUUCAUCACGGUAUGGAUCAACGUGAAUGACAUGUUGAAAACAUUACUUGACAGGUUGGUGACAGCUUGCAUCGAAAUUUAGCCAAUGAGAAUUGCCCGUGGCUGGGAGAAGCGGGUAAUUCGAACGAAUAUAACGUAUGCAAAACGGACAGUCCGUAUUUUUAGCGUCUCUCCCCAGUCUCGCUCUCUGUUUUCAGCCUCAUUCCAGACCUUUUAUUUGACUGCUCGCGCGUACUUGAAUACGCAAAAAUACGGACUGUUUUGCAGUCUAGGUCGCUAGCACGUAAACAAAAAAAGAAAACAAAAUAAACAAACAAACAAAAAGCGGGCAGAAGAGCUGUUUUUGCGGUUAAUGUUCUUCUGCUCUCGCUUACUACACUUGCUGCAACCUUUCAGUUUAGUGGCUGUCUAUUGUCACUGUUAAUUAUGCAAAGCUACUGCAAAGGUGAAUUUGGCGCAACUCAGCAUCUGCCAUUUGGUCAUACUAACUCAUGUUUUUUCUCAAACUAGUCACUAAAAAAGCUGAAUUUCAUCAACAGUGGCAAUAACUUUGAUAAAAUAAUGCUCAAUUAAGUGUAAUAUUACAUUAAAUAAUUCCAUUACUAAAAAUAUAGUUAAAACCUAUUUUUAAGAAGAAAAUGCAAAUUUUGACAACAUGGCUGCCAAAACUCGGUUGCCAUGGUAACGUCAAUGUUGAAAUACCCGUGACGAUGACUUUAAAAUGUCCCCAGAUAAUUUUUAGGAAAAGUCGCUAAGUUUGGUGGUCAUAGCUUGAAAAGUUUUGACGUUAUGCAUCCUUUUCGUGAGGGGAGCUCGAAAAGUCCCCUCUCCCUCCCCCCCCGCCCCCUGGUCUUAAACGUUUACACAUCAAAAUCUGAUGCUGGCUGAGAGUCGCAUCCAGGUCUGACAGACCAGGCAACCCGCCUCGGUGGGUCACCUUACCUGUCAGAUUUUCAGUCUUUUCUUUUCUUUUUUUUUAAGUUUUUGAAGUUAAAUCUCAAUAAUCCGAACCGUGGUUUCGUUUUCACAUAUUCUUACGUAUGACGAUAUAAUUAGCUGGUCAUCUUCUAUGACAGGUUUAAAAUGAUUUUGAAAGCAGAUCUCAAUAUUAGUUGUUUUCCCAAUCAUUUAUCCAGAGCCGUCGGGCACUCCUCUCGAUGUUUUGGCUCUUACCAAGUCCUCCACGUCUAUACUCGUCAAAUGGAAUCCACCGAGCGAGCUGGACAGGAAUGGAGUCAUUACUCAUUACAUCGUCACUUACAACGAGUCUCUAGGAAGCUUAACAAAUAUCACCACUUCUGACAAUACAACCCAGAAGCUAGUCUCAAGCCUGCGAAAAUAUUCUCCUUAUUACUUUACCGUCCAGGCGGUGAAUAACAUUGGUGUCGGACCGCCGAGUGAUGCCGUAAGCAACACUACUGCUGAAGACAGUAAGUAGUUCUUGCUAUUUGUAAUACCAGUUGUACCAAUGCUGUCUAGCUAGUCUGGGAGCCUACAACCUGGUAUUCCACAUCCAUGUUGUGGUCAAUUGACAGCUGUUAAAACAGAGUAUCUGCUGAUCAGCAUCACAUUACCAUAUCGCGGGCCCAGGUGUCGACCCAUCGAGGUUACCCCCUUUUUUGAAGUUGUCCGCUAACAAGUUCCUAGUUUUUAACUGAUCGCAGGCUCAACUCUAAGUGGAUUUCUUUGCAAUGGUUACAAUUUUAUUGUUUGAAGUAAAUUAUAAAUUUAAUACUGGAGCUUCGCCUUUAGCCUUGGCUAAAUCUAUAUUAUUUAUUUUAAUCUAUAUUAUUUUAUUUUAAUAAUAUACCAGUGCCAUCGGAACCACAAGAUUUGCGAGCAUGGAAUACGAGCGGAUAUUCCAUUGGGGUCUCGUGGAAAAAGCCACUGAACAUUAAUGGCAUACUUAAAGGAUACAAGGUAUGUUGCUCAAUACUGCGCUCUGUUCAUUGCAAACAUCAGCAUCCUUUUUUAAACAAGUGAAGUACGGUAUAUUUGGCGCCAGGUUUACUUUACAACAAGUCAUUAUACUCGAGUUCCAUAACGGGUACCAGGUUUUUCUCGCCAAAAGUCAAGUGCGCGCUUUACGCGGUCAAAUUUUUAAGGCGCAGAGAUUUGCGAUAUUCAUUUACCUCUACGUUUUGAAUACAAUUACAAGGACGUAAAAACCAACCAGGAUUAGCUCAGUCGUUAGAGUGCUUGACUGCAGAGCGGAAGGUCGCGGGUUCGAUUCCCAAGGCUGGGCCAAUACUCAGGGUCUUAAAAUAACUGAGAAAUGAAGGCACUCCCUUUGCACUGCAAGCAGCUAGACCUUCUCGUGGGUUGGAUGACCACGUAAAAUGGCGGUCCCGUCUCGGUUGGAGACGUAAAAUAGUGUCCCCAGUUAGUACUUUCGUGCUAAAUACACUCAAAUAAAGUUCAUUUUUUUCCGUCUCUUUAUUUUUCUCAGAAAUAUCGAGCUUCUUUUUGUAGAAAGUCUAGAAAACGCUUCGCGCUCAAGUGAAAUUAUGUCUGCGAAUGGCGCCGACAAUAACACUUGUUUCAGUUUUGACUGCCUAGCAAACUUUCGAAAAGUCUAGUAAAUCGAUAGCGUGUAGCCUUAGUAGGUUUCUUAGCGUAGGCAAUUUUUUUGUUGCUUGACCUCGGUGAAUCCAGAGGCCCGUUUCUCAAACGUCCCGGUAACUUUCGGGCCCGGACUGCUGUUAUGUUUACCGUGUUUGCAUUGAAGAUCAAAGUUUCAAUCAUUUUGAAGAUGAUGCAAUGAGUUAACGAAGGAAAAUUGACUGGUUUAUGAGCUAGGAACUGUGCUAUUAUUCAACAGGUUUUGAUUUUAAAACUUUUCGUUUGGGCCCGAAAACUGAAGUUAUCGGGCCUUUCGGGAAACGGGACCCAGGGUCGGGUUGUUCAAAGCAGGUUAGUUCAGAAUUUAGGUCACUAUUUUUUUUGUCGACAAUUUGAUUGGAUGUUGUAAAAAGAAUUGAGUAAAUUCUUUGAGAUAAUUCUUUGAACAAAAGAAAAAGAUACCCAGAUUAAUAUGUAUUUAACCUCAUGUUAACGUUAAUCGACCUUGGAAUAUAACAGCAGCAACAACAACAAGACUUGAUUUAGACAGGAUGAAAGCCACAAUUACACAAAGCAAGUUUCAUCUGGACUCUGCUAAAUUAAAAAAAAAAACGUACCGGGUCCAGCGUUGCACUCAGUUUUAACAUGCAGAAAACACGGAAAAAUGCGAAGGCGUGGCGACUUUGGUGGGAAAUACUCGGGAAAGUACUGUUUGGCACAGCCACGAUAAAUGAUAUUAUUAUUUCCUUUUUUUUUAAAUUUUUCGUCGUCUGUUUUCCAGGUGUUUUAUAUUUAUAGUGCAUCAAGCUCAUAUUUGUCCAAGGAUGUUGGUCUUAACACCAGCACCAGUCUGCUUCACCUAAAGCCGUACACUCGCUAUAAAGUUGAAGUUCAAGCCUUCACAGGAGCCGGGGGAGGAAAGAAGGCCAGUGUCUCUGUUAAGACUGACGAGACAGGUAUGUUUCUUAUUUUAGCCCUCAAGGGCUCAAUGUCCACAUACAUAUUCUUCCGACUGAUCUUCAUACAUAUCUUUGAAGAAUUAAUACAGGAGAAUGUGUCAAAAGAUCAAGAAAUGUUCCCCUUUGGUGAUCUUUUUAUUAAUUCUCAUGAGCAUUUCUCUUGAUUCUGUGUUGAUAUUAUUCGGAGAAAAAUCUUUUAAAUUGAUUGAAAUUACCGCUAAAUGACAACACAGUUUCGUGUCGUCUGAGCGUGAUGAUUAAGAGGUACAAAUAAAAGAGAUAACGUGACAGGAAAUAUUUCAAAGGCAGGGACACUCACAGUUGGGUCCUACCUAAACAGUUAAGAAAGAACCUGAUAUAUUCUAAGGCAGUGGAGAUAACAUUUGAAAACAUAACGGUAAAUCGUCUUAAUCUCAUUCGUCCGCCUCUUCAUUUGUAUUUGUUUUUGGUGGCCAGCUCCUAACGAAAUAAUUUGAUCAAACCAUCGUGAAACUAUUCCGUUAAAAGCUGUUUGGUUUUUCAGCGCCUUCCAAGGUUCCCGAGGUGCGAAUUUACAGAGCAACCAAAAAUUCUAUUGAUUUGUGGUGGAGAGCGCCUGAAGAACCAAAUGGAGAGAUUGGCUAUUACUUGCAUUAUUGGAGAUCGGUGAGCGGUAACUCAACUCGAAUGACCUUAACCCUAGCGAAAAGUGUCUAUACAUGGCUUAUCCCCGAUCUGAAGGCUUACACGAAUUACACCAUUGCUGUUGUGGCGUACAACUUGAGAAAGAAGUUGAGUGGGGCUCCCAGUUUUGUGCGAGGGAUGACAAAGGCUGCAGGUAUGAAAUGUUCUUCAAACUGUUGUUACUUCUCAAUGAGCAUAGUUCCAAGCGUGUACUUAAUUUUCAAUUGCUCUAACUGUUCACAUGUUUGCGUUACUCGAAGUUACUCGUGGCUUAUAGAAAAGAGUAAUAUAUCGUUUAGAUAUUCAGUUUAAUGUCUAACGAUCGUAACGUUUUGGACGCUUACUGUUGGCCUUUAUAAGAUGUCAAUUUGCGAUGGGGUUUAGAGGCACUGCGGCUUCUAGUUACCCAGAGUCUGUAAUUAAGUUCUCGAUAUUGUCAUAUUGCCCGCAAAAGGACGGGUGACUGUUGGUUAUGGGCAAGACAGAGUACAAUGACAAAAAGGACGCACUUGUUAACGACAAAACUACCUAAGACCUACGAAGAACUUGAGAUCCAACCGCCGCACUGCAACUCAAACUUAACAACAAACUAUAGUAACUUACAUGACGAAAACGAAGCACUGACUCUCUCAGACUUUGCCAAACAAAUAGAAAUUAAAUAUCAGUUUGAAAAAUUGUGAAUGAUUAAUUCUAUGUAUAGUUAUGUAGUCAAUGUCAGUUGUAAGUUUAAUACACCUCGCCCCGUCCCUUUUGUUUUGUUUUUUCAAUCUUUUGCAAUUCCUUAUUACGUAAUUAUGUACCUCUUUGUAACUUUGACAGUAUGAUGUCAAUAAAACAAAUAUUAAAAAAAAGUAAAAUGACGAAAACCGACAAAAUCGACUUUCGACGCUACAGCAGACUGAGCUGUAGUGCUUCUCAGCCACCCAAGCAGCCACCCAAGUUGUUUGGAUUACUUAUUUUUCUUAACUGUCUAAACUGUCUCGACAUAAACUACAGUCUUCAGGGAACUUAAUUGACGCCAUCAAGACAUAUCAGAUACCUGACGACCACAAACUAGUGUCUUUUGACGUGAAAUCGCUGAUGUUCGUCCGUAGCCCACCUCAACUGCGAACAGAAAGAUAGGGAGUAGUAUACAAGAACAAAUGCUGCUUCUGCUAGUCCACUUAUAUUGGUGAGACCGGACAGAAACCUAGGCACGUGGCCGACUGAACCCAAGCGAGCGACAAGAAAUGGUGGUGUCAGCAUUUACAGACGAAACAUCAAAUCGACUAGGAAUCAGAAUGUUUGAUGUAUUAAGUAUUCUACAAACUAUUAUCAACUACUUACUGUAGAAAGCUGGUUUAACGAAUACGAGCAGAUGCCACUGAAUCGUAGUCACUGGUUACCGGCACCGUAGAAACGACUUAUUGACGGACUCAAGCAAAAGAACAACGAUGGAUUGACUGGACAACCAGUCGAUCAUUGUCCGAUGACAGGCUCUUAUUUGCAGCUCUGGACUAACAAGUGGCUUAUAUAUUUUUUAUUUACCGAUUUUUGCAGUUCCCAGUGGACCUCCUCUAAACGUAGCUUUAACAGAUAUCACUAUAACGUCAAUGACUGUGUCCUGGGAUCCACCUGUCGAACCCAACGGUAAAAUUGUGGGAUAUGAAGUGAUAUACUACGAAGAAGACAACCAAGAAACGGAAAUAAUUCCCAACGUACCAGGACAACGUUACACAAUUGAAAAAUUGAAGCCCUUUCGUAUUUACCGAAUAUCCGUGGCUUGCAAAUCAAGUGGCGGGAUAGGACCGUAUUCUGUUGCGAUUGAAAACCAGACACUACCUGGCGGUGAGUCAUUUACUCGUAUCAUCGUUUGCUUUGUUCAGAGCGCUCAGUAGAAAAGAACUUGGGAGUGCCACAAUAAAACUCCUUCACAUUAUUACGAUCCGAUCGAAACUGAAACGGUUUUCCCGCUCGACCUGCAAAAUAUAUACGCCUGCGUUGUGUGCUCACUUGUAGAUUAAUCUUGUGCUAUAGUAGUUGAGAUGAGCAAACAGAAAAUGUUCACACACCCCAAUGUUUUACUUGACAAUAAGCACCUCUUGGCGUAACUUUCUCC